UGGUCUGUUAGGGGGGAGUGUGCGCGGCAGUACACUGACAAAGUGUCCGGCAGAAUGGGCGCACCGCGCAUGCUGCUCUGCCUCGCGCUACUGGCGGCCUGCGCCUGCGCCGCCGCCGGUGCCUCGCCGCAGAAUGUGCCCGUGCGUGCCGAAAAACAAAUUGAACUUUUUGAUGGAGUCACCAUGCACUUACCGACCCUCGAAACCACAAACAGGACUGAGAAUGCAAUAGUCUCCUUUAAAAUUGACACUAAAAGGAGCAUGCCGGAAGGUCGCGGCAAGCAGAAGAAGCUGAUGGAGCGCAUCUUGCCGAUGUUCAUCAUGCCGUUUAUCAUCCAGUCCACCAUCGUGCCGAUGUUCCUCAGCAUGCUCAAGUUCAUGCUCUUCAAGGCCAUGAUGGUCGGCAAGCUGGCCUUGGCCCUAAUCCUCUUCAACGCGUUUAGAAACCACAACACCUUCAAGGGAAGAAAGGAGGAGCAGAUUGCAGAUGUCCACUACGGCUACCAUGGACAAAUGGAGGAAUACGGAGCUUAUAUAAAUUGAGUGUCCAUCAACAAAUUUGUGACUUUAAAAAUGCUAGUUUUCGGUUGAAAAAAAGCGAUAAGCGUAGAACGACAAGGAUAUAAUGUCCUUAUUAUAGGCUUAUAGGUAUUCAGUUCAACCACAGUCAAGAACUUUCAGUUAUUGUUUUUUGUCAAGCAAUUUAUUAGUCCAAUAGAGACAUUUGGAUGAUAAUGGUUUGCAAAUGAAAGGAAUAUAAGUACUACAAACCGCUGGCGGGAUACCGCUUUGGACCGAUCAAAGUGGCGUACUCUUGUGUUGGAGGCCAAGACUCAUUUUGGGUCACCGCGCCAACAAAGUAAGUAAGUAAGUAAGUACUACAAAUGUGGUAGUAAAUAAUGACACAUUGAAUACAUAUCUCUAUAUGAGCAUGUAUCAUGAGUACGUAAUUCAUUUUCUCAUCGGGGCUAUGAGAAAUUUGUACUGCCUAAUGUGAAUGAUGUAGGUACCUGCGUCGGUUCCCUAACAUAAGUAUCCACUUUUCUAAACAAUAAUUAGUAUGGCAACUUGGGUCCUUAAGUUGGGGAACCGACUGCACUUAAAUAUUCAAGUGUAUCCACGAGUGGUUGUGAUACCUAUGUGAAUAGUUUGAUAUGUUUGACAGAGUUUGAUAUGAAGCAAGUCCAAGGUCGGCUUGUAUUGCAUGUAUUGUCAGGACAAUUUUUUAUUUCCAAAAAUACCGGGGUACGAGUAUGUUUGGUAUUCGUUAUUUGUAAUAAUGACCUUUUUCCAGCACUAAGUAUAAGUAAAUACUAAAAUCUUACAUGACCCCACCUAUUUUUGUGGUAUUUAAUAUCAACCCAAUAUUAACCGGUCGGCAUUUUUAACUCGAUUUAUGGAGCAGUGGUGGCGUGCAAGAGAAUAACUAUUUUCGAUGAUGUAACAGAGAAUGUUAUCAUAAAUUCCCGUGAGCAAGUUUAGCAUUUUUUUACUUUAUUUAGUGUGCUCAACAGAAAACCGCUCCGGGUGCCAAGUGCCAACCUACCGCUGCGCCGCCACUUUAUUAUGCAAAGGCUUUAAUUAACUAUGUCAUUAUCUCAUUAAUUAGGUAUGUAAAUACCAUAAUAUAUUCUUUGUAACUAUUUCUAAGUAAGUAUUUAUAAUAGCUUGAUAUAUAUAAUUAUAUAUACCUAGACUGUUUCUCAGAGAAUGUAUCUACCUACUGUAUCAGCCGUCAGCAACCUAUAACUUUCUAAAAAUAAAGAAACACAUUAGACCCGAGAAAUGAGGCUGAGUAAUGACCAUUACUACUUUAUUACAGACGUUGCAAUAAAGUACGACAAGACAAAAAAUCUAGAAUGGAAAAAUCACAUUUACUUAGGUAUAUAUGUAAGACCUAAAUUUUACUACAUUUAUUCCAAAAAAAUAUUGGAAUUAUUAUCAGUACUUUGCUUUGUCAAACAAACAAACAUUCAACAGCAUUCAAAGUAAGUACCUACAAUAGAUGAAAAUGUAAUAAGUAGGUAUAUAUAUAGGUAGUUUUUUUACGUAGGUGUACCUACGUGUAAAAGGAAAAUUAGAUCGCGUGGCGGUUGGUCUUCGUUCCACUUUGCUCAGUACAAUAAAUAUCCGAGAUCACUAGAGUAUUUGACUGUAUUUAAAAUAAAUUAUUUUACACAAUGCAUAAAAUAAAGCACCAGAAGAUGAAUCGAGAAACGUAGACAGCAGUUAUUUUUAGACACAUUUUAUAUUUAAAAACCCGUAUAAAACUAAUAUAAAGAGUAAUUAAGUAGGUAAUUUUACUGUGACGUCAAAUGCUAGUGUUUCAUAUAAAUUCCAUAGUAGCAAAAUUGUUUCGACAGAAGAAACUGAUUUGACUAGUAAGUAGUCCCUAUUGUGUAAAUAUAGUUUUGUUGUUUUACCAGAGUGAGACUUGCAUAGCAUAGCGAAUUUAAAGGCAUAGCAAUCCUGGUAAAUAUACGAAACAUCCUGAUAAUUUAUAGGUACACAAAAAUUAUUCAAAAAUCGUUUUCUAGUAAAAUAAAUAGGUACUCGACUCAUACUCAAGACUCAAGUUAACUGUUCUCUUAAUAAUAUGUAUUAUAAUACACUACACAAGAGAGACAAGAUACCUAGCUAUGCGUUACCGAAUCGGCAAUGUCAAAUUAUUGUUAAGUAGGUAUUAAAUAAUAAGACAUUAUUGAAGACUCUGGAAAGUCAGAAGAAAAUACAAGUCCAUCCAUUGCGCUUUCGGCCGAGACUUCAUAGCGUUUUUCACGUCUACUGUGAGAGGAUGAGGAAAAAAAAACAGGCACUGGACGGUAAACUGACGCAAUGACCCUACCUACCCUACCCUAAUGAAAAAUGAAAAUGAAAAAAUGUUUAUUGUGUUAUACAGUACAAUUUGAAUACAAUUAGACUUGAGUCUUCCUUGUAAGUACAAGGGCCAGUUGCACCAACCACAUUUGACAGACUGACCAACGUCAGCCGGCGCGCCUCGGCGCUUUACCAUGAACCUUAAGCGCCCUCCAGACUA